AGAGGGAGUUAAGUGGUGGGUGGUUGGGCUGGCGGCGGUAGUACCGCCCUGGCGCGGAGCAAGCUGGGAGUGGGGCUGCGCGGUGGGGAGUUGGUCUGGUGUGAGAGGGAUCGAAGGGGUGGGUGGCUGGGCUGGCGGCGGAGCAGGGUUGAGAGGGUGUCAUGCCUAACCUGGUCGUGGAUCGGGUGGUGGUGCAUCCGUUGGUGCUUCUCAGCGUCGUCGAUCACUUCAACAGAAUAGGAAAAGUUGGAAAUCAGAAGCGUGUCAUUGGUGUGCUGCUGGGCUCGUGGCAGAAAAAAAUACUAGAUGUGUCCAACAGUUUUGCAGUACCUUUUGAUGAAGAUGACAAGGAUGAUACUGUGUGGUUCCUAGACCAUGACUAUCUGGAGAACAUGUAUGGAAUGUUUAAGAAGGUCAAUGCUAGAGAAAGAAUAGUUGGUUGGUACCACACAGGCCCUAAGCUGCACAAGAAUGACGUUGCCAUCAACGAACUGAUGAAAAUAUACUGUCCUAACUCUGUGUUGGUGAUUAUUGAUGUGAAGCCAAAGGACCUGGGGCUGCCCACAGAAGCUUAUAUUUCAGUUGAAGAAGUUCACGAUGACGGUAUUCCGACCUCCAAGACAUUUGAGCAUGUGACUAGUGAGAUUGGAGCAGAAGAAGCAGAGGAAGUUGGUGUUGAACACUUGCUACGGGAUAUCAAGGAUACCACAGUGGGCACGCUGUCACAACGGAUCACAAAUCAGGUCCAUGGCUUGAAGGGACUGAACUCCAAGCUUCUGGACAUCAGGAGCUACCUAGAGAAAGUAGCCAUGAGCAAACUCCCCAUCAAUCACCAGAUCAUCUACCACCUCCAGGAUGUCUUCAACCUGCUACCAGAUGUCAACCUGCAAGAGUUUGUCAAGGCCUUUUAUCUGAAGACCAAUGACCAGAUGGUGGUGGUUUACCUGGCUUCUCUCAUCCGUUCUGUGGUUGCCCUGCACAACCUCAUUAACAACAAGAUUGCCAACAGGGAUGCAGAGAAGAAAGAAGGACAGGAAAAGGAAGAGAGUAAAAGGGAAAGAAAAGAUGAGAAGGAGAAAGACAAGGAGAAGAGCAAUGUCAAGAAAGAGGAGAAAAAGGAGAAAAAGUAAAAUGU